ACUCACUUAUCCCCUCUUCUUCACAUUCACGCUUCCUCUCCUCGAAUUUCAUCAAUUGAGGAGAUCCUACCGAAUCGUGACGCAUCUUAUCAAAAAUUCUCCCUUGAUAUCAACACCCACACAGAUACUGAAGACAAACCGCAACAAUGCUCAGCACGCUCUCCCGGCGCGCCACCAGCGCCCUCCCCCGAGUCCGAACCCUCACACUCCAGAAUGCUCGCCAUCCCUUCUCAACGACACGCAUCGCCUCCCGACCGCGCCUACCAGCCACGACGAUUCCCCUCUCCUCGCAAUUCACAAACCUCAUCACCACCCAAGCAAGCCGGCGCACGCUCACCACGGCCCAAAAAUGGAAGCUCGGCUUCCGCAAAGCCCGCAAGGACAUCUGGCGCAAGAACCCGAUCGUGCUCCCCUUGGCCCUCCUCUCCGUCUUCAGUGCCACCUGCCUGUUCGCCUACAUCGCCUACGUCGAGGUGACGCAGGUCGCGCCGCAGUACACCAAGUUCCCGCCGCCGAUGGCGGAGCGGCUGCGCACGGCGGUCUACUACACGGACGUGGACCUGCAGCCGCAGAAGGCGAUGGCGGCGUACAAGGACGCGAUUCACAUCGGGCUCGAGAUGGGGCUGCACCAGUACUCGGACGAGGUCCUGGGGGUCCACCUGCAGGUGUCGCAUAUGCUCGAGAAGGCCGGGUUGGUCUCCGCGGCGGUGAAGGUGCUGGAGCAGACGCGGGCCGGGGCGCUGGCCUGGGUGUAUCGCACGCGGCGGUCCCGUUCGCUCCCGCAGAAGCCGACGGUGACCACGCCCGUGGAUCCCAACGACACCAGCAAGGAAGCACAACCCGAAAAUACCCCGGACCCAGCCAAGGAGGCUGAGUUCCAGGCGUGGGAGGACCGCCAGCAGAGCAAGGUGCUCAAGAAGUGCGUCGGCAUGUCGAUGAAGCUGGCCGAGCUCUACGAGAGCGACUACAUGCAGGAUCUGGAGAAGGCGGAGGAGAACCAGCGGCAAGCCGUGGAGCUCUGCCUGACCGAGAUGAACCGUCGGGUGGCCCUGGGCCUCCCCGUGGGGAACCAGACGAAGGCACCAACCACCACCGCCGAAGCUAGCGAGGAGGACGAUGGCUGGAUGAACCUCGAGGAGAUCGCCGUCGCCCUCAAGGAUCUGGCCGACCUGUACUUCACCCAGGGUAAGUACGAUCUCUGCCUGCCGCUGUUCAUCCGGGCCAGUGACGUGAUGAAGGCCGCGGAGGGCGACGCCCCGACGUGUAAGCAACCGUUCCUCAUGUCCUCGAUCGGCGCCACCAUGGGCGAGAUCGCCGCGGCGCCGAAGCCGAUCGCCGGGAUGCGGGCCCCGCGCGAGCAGGUGAUCGCGCAGGCCCGCCAGUGGCUCGACAAGGCCCGCGACGUCGCCGGCAAGAUCGACCCCCAGGGCCAGGAGGCGGAAUGCAACGAGGCCUGUGUGGCCGCGCUGCAGAGUCUCGGCGAGCUGGCUCGGCUGGAGAACAAGCCGGACGUCGCCAGGAAGCAUUACCGAGACGCCCUGAGCAUCGCGCAGCGCCUGGAGGAGCCCGGCUUGGUGGAGGGGGUCAAGGCGGCGCUGAAAGAGAUCAAGGCGCAAUGAAGGCCAUCGUCAUCAGCUAACCCUAGCUAGGCUGUGUUAACUGUGGCCUUGCAUACACAUCUCCCACAAAAUGUACAUUAUUCGACUCUGAUGGUCGUGACCCGGUGCAUGUGCAUCUAACAAACGUAAAGAAUCUCUCGAAGGUGAUAAUACUACGAAGCCUGAGGCGAACGAGGG